UGUAUAAAAAGCGAAAAAAAAUGAGAAUUGCUCGAAAAUUCUUUUUAGGUUAUGUUUCAUCUAGUUAUAUUUUAACGUAUAAAAAGAAAAUGGAUUUUCCUGUAGUGCCCAUACAUAAACACCCAAAAUACAAAUUAGAAUGUUGUAAGUUAAUUAACGAUGAGUGGAAACGAAGCGAAACUGCCCGGAUGCGAAGUUUAGACUGUUCCAGUGAUAAAUUACCGACUUCUUUAAUAUUAUUAGACGAAAACGACCGUGUUAUUGGGCAUUGUAAACUUUCACCCAUCCCGAGUAUACCAGGAAGUUGUUAUAUUGAAUCAGUGGUUAUUUUAAAAGAUUUAAGAGGAAAAGGUUAUGGAACGUAUUUAAUGAAACGAGCGGAAGAAUACUGUAAAAAUGUUUUAAAAUUAAAAGUAAUUUAUUUAUCAACAAAGGGGCAAGAACCAUUUUACACCAAGUUAGGUUACCUUAUAUGUCAACCUGUUUCAAUUUAUGGCUCUUUUAUUUCUAAUAAUACAAUAAAUGUAAAAAACGAGAAUAGUAUAAAUGUAAAUAAUAAUUGUAAUAUUAAUACUGUAAAUGGUAAAACUUAUAUGUGUAAAUAUAUAGCGUGAUUUUUAAAUUUAAA